GUUUCGUGAAACAUUUGGUUAUCUUGAACCUAGACACAGCGCUGUUUAGAACAUGUGAACCUGGGUCAUUUAGUAAUAUCUCACACAUGCAGACAAACGUUUCAAUAAAGUAAUUCAAUUCUGUCGACGUCGAGUAUAUAAUGUGAGAUGGACAUCUUUAGACGCAUUCUGCUCAUUGCUUGUCAUGUGUUCCUAGUGACUGGCAGUUUUGCAGGGUCUGACCUCGAGUCUCUCCUCCCUCAACUGAAUGAAUACAUUGAUGGCCAACCUAAUGUCAACAUCACGGAAAUUACGGAACAGGGCGAGCGACAUACAAGUCAUGUGUUCUAUGCAGAACCAAAGAGUGUUAAGCAGAUCCAACAACUUGUUAAUGCUGCUAAUAAGUUUGGUCUGCAAGUAAGAGCUGUGGGCUCAGGCCAUUCAUAUUCACCUGUAUACCCUGACACUGGAGCUUUAGCUUUGAACCUAUUCAAUUUAGAGGAGCAAGCAUUCACCUUAGAUAAGGAGCGUACAAGAGCCUCGGUUCUUGCAUCAGCGACCGUACAGGAGUUCUAUAAGUUUAACAAGGCAAACCGUGUCACAGUACCCAGUGCCCCUGUCAUAGCACCUUGUAGCUUCCAAGGAAUGACAGCCACUGCUUCGAUUGGAGCUGCCCCCACCGAGGCGUCCCCAGCUAGCAGGGUUGUUGCCAUGGAUCUGGUUGAUGGCAAUGGUGACAUCAGACACUUUGAUGAGGAAACGGAGCCUGAUGUACUGAGGGCCUGUAGGGCACAUUUGGGAUUGUGCGGCAUCAUAUACAACACAACAGUCAAGGUCGUGCCUGACGAAGCUGUGAAGUUCUCACACUCCCUUAUACCAGUGGAUGCCAUAAUAUUCAACAGAGAGAACAGAAGAGCCUUCGUCAACAGCCACUUUGCCAUCAACACGAUGUGGAAUAUCUACAAUGGUGCAACGGCGCAACAACGUAGAUACACAGAAAAUGAUGGACUCAGCAGGGCACAUGAGAGUUGGACUGCUAAACAGGACAUGUUGGACUUCUGGACUGCUUCAAAAGUUGACCAAUCUGGUGAUUAUAAUCUAAAUGGGGAUAUUCAACAUGAACGACUAAUGCUACAGGAUAAUACCAUGUACCAUAGUAACUACAGCUAUAUAACAUUAUCAGAUUCGCUAUUGUUUGAAUCAUGGGGUGAAGACAGAUGUACAAAAAUAAACAGUGUCACUGGUUUUGCUACACCAGAGACUGAAGAUUUUACUGCUAGCUCCAAGACACUUGAGAACUCCGUCCACAUUAUUGAAAAGGGACUAAAAAACAUCGGGCUUGUUAACAAGUUACCCUAUGGCUACUUCAGAUGGCAGACACAUAACCCAAACUGCCUAUUUUGCCACACAAAGGUGGCAGGAAAGAAUGGCAUGACGUUGGUGCAAUCCUUAGUAUUUCGCUAUAACGGCUGUCUUCAUCGAACGCCCUCUGAUAAAGAUAUAAGGGGACUUGAAAACUUCGAAAUGCUGUUUACAGAUGGAAUGCUAAUAAACGCGACCCGCAUUGCAACCCACUGGGCCAAGUACGACGUUAACACUCCUCAUGUGCCUGACCUCAUCCGUGAAGUCUUCAAGAAUGAACUCAGUGAAUUCAUAGCAACCCGUAAUAAGCACAAACUGGACGUUGGAAAUAUAUUCAUGAAUGAUCAUCUCAGAGAUAUAUUUAGGAAUGAGAAGCUAAUAACUGGAAAUGGUGUGUCAACCAUCCAUGUAUUCAACAUGUUUACAUGUUUAACAGUUGUAUUAGGAUGCCUCUUGUUCUGAUAAGACCUUGGUGCCCUUAUAAGGCGCAUUUCCGCAUUUUUGCAAGUUUGUCCCAUGCUCUGUGUGAUUUUUGGAUAACUUCGAUGCAAUUUAUUUUGGGGGAUUUUUAAGCAAUUUUUACAUGUUAACGUAUUAAUUAAACCCACUAACCCGCCAUCUUUUGACAGUC